AUGGGCUGCGCCCAGUCCCGCCCCUCCGCAAACUACUACGACGAAUACUUCCGACCCGCCCAACCCCCUCACCGCCGUUACCGCAGCCACCGCAUCGCCAACGUAGACGGAUACAAACCUGGACCCGAAUACCGAGAACAUCGGCAGCAAUACGAGCAGGAUGUCGCGGCGGACAGGUAUGAGGAUGCGUACGACCGGCUGACGGCGAGGAGCAAGCUUUCUACGGCGCAUGGAUUGCAGGAGUACUGUGAGGAUAGAGGGUGGAGUUGA